UGAGAUGACGUGGCAUGCGAUUUCAAAGGCGAUUUUCAAAUUCUAGAUCUAGCUUUUUUCAGCCAUGGAGAAUCGAUUCCCCUCUCAAUCUCAACCAUUAUCAUCAAAUCUAAUCAAGGGUAUCUCUGAUUUUUCGCCUCUUAGUGAAUCUAUUGGUGGUAUGGGAGAAAAUAGGGUAAUCGAGUUUCUCAAUCAUAUGGAAAAGAUGUUGAUAAUCAUAACAUCACAGAGCUUGUUCUUAAUGGUGAAGAAGACGAUAACGCUGUUUUGGAGAAACUUGGGGCAGAUAAAUCUGGAUUUAUAGGAACAUAACAAGCACGGAGGGGGAUUUUACAAAAGGAUGGAGAGGAUCAUUUCCCAAACCUAGAGCUGUAAAAUCAACUCCUUUAAAGUAUACUCCUCCAGUGGAAGUUGCAGGGAAGUUUCAAGUAGAUGCUCAAUCAGCAAAGUUAGCUGCAGAUAUGAAGAAAUGCGCUAAUAAGGUGGUUGGCUCUUUUGUGGGGAAACGACUAUCUUUUGAUGCAGUCAAAAUUGCUGUUAGCAAGAUAUGGAAAUUUAAGCAAGAGGUAUCCAUUAAAUUAUAUAAUAACUCUGCUUUCAUUUUUGAAUUUAAGGAAGAAGAAGAUAGGAAUCUAGUUCUUGAAACAAGUUCUAUUGUCAUCACAGGCGAACUUUUUGCCUUGAGACCAUGGUCUCAAUUGCUUGAAAACUCAAUUACAAGGAUAAAAUCAACACCAAUCUGGGUUAAGAUUUUUGGGGUACCUUUACAUAUGUGGGAUGAGGAGGGCUUAGGUUUAAUUGCAAGCUAUUUAGGGAAACCUCUAUAUGCAGAUGAUUGUACAAUCAACCAAGAUAGAUUGGCCUUUGCAAGGGUUUGUAUAGAAAUUGAUCUAAAUUUUUCUUACCCUGCUAGCAUCCCUAUUUUGAUUGAUGGAAAAAUUGCAAUAGAACUCCGUAUAGAGUAUCAGUGGAAGCCUUCAAAAUGUGAUGCCUGUAAGGUGUUUGGGCAGACUACAAAUUCCUGCACACUGAAAACAAGACCUAGUUGGAAUCCUAAGCAGAAACUGCAGGCUAAUCCAGCAGUAGAACCUCUUCCACAGGGAUCUAGUGGCACUGAGGCAGAAAUGGUGGGCAAGAAGCAAGGCCCCACUGUCUCAAAUCUAGCUGCAGACGAUGCAAAUUCAGGUCCAAAGGACACAAUUUCAGCUGUUGAGUGUUCUUUACCAGCGAAGGAGACAAAUUUCAAGGGGAAUCAGGAUGACUUGUCAAAAAGUCCUAAAAUGAUUACAAGUGGAUGUACCAAGAAACCAGCAGCGCCAGUUUCUGUUUCUUCUAAGUCACCUGGGAAGCAAGGCAUUGCAAGUGGGGUUAAACACACACCCUUCUGUUUGCCAAGUGACUUUCCUUACCAGUGGAAAGAUUUGGCUAAGGAGAAUGCUGACAAGAGAGACAACAAAGACAAGGAAACAGUUGCAGUUAAUGCAAGCUCUAAUGCAGAUAAGGGUCGCAGCCAGGUAAAGAAUCAAGAUGCUACAGCAAAGAGUCCAGGGGAAGAUGGCAACUGUUCAAAAGAUAGGUGAAUGAGACAAGGUGAAACAUAAUCCCUUUCUUGUAGAGGGUCACCCAUCUUUCAAGACUGGCAGUCGGAAAGUAGUUCCUGAAAAUCAUGGAGCAAAUGAAAAGAAUGCAGUUUCAACAUGUGAUGAUGCGAACUGGAUGACAGCUUCAAGCAGGAAAUCACCUAUUCAGAUGGUUGCAUUUGGCAAGGAAGGCACUACCAAGUCUAAAAGCAGCGACAAUUGUGUCAAAGUGAAUAACACUUUCAGUGUGUUGAGUUUCGAAAGUCAGAAAGCUUUUCAAGAAAAAGACAGUUAUAAUUGAAGAGUGUGAAGAAGAUAACGAAGAACUCUAUGACGUAGAAUCUGAUAAAUAUGCACGCUACAUGACUUAUAAAGAUAAAUCUAUUAAGAAAAUAGAAAAAGAGCGUGCAAGACUUAAAUGGAAUGGAGAAAUUCCAAAUGAGAAUUCCAAGACUUAAGUAUUGUUAAUUUUUUUGGUACUUUUGUAUAGAAUGCAAUAAGACAUGAUGGAUCAGGGAAGAGGUAACAUUUAUGCUUACGGGUGCCAUGUUGAUCCUUAUUUAUUGGAGGAUCUGCUGGGCUCACUUUAUAUAAUAUACUCUUAUAUGCAUUUGGUUAUCUUAGAAAUUGGAGCUUGACUAAGCAAUUAUAUCCAUUUUCUUCAUCCAGGCAUCACGCUUCUGUGGUAUUUCGAACACUUGCUUGGGUCAGG